AUGGUUCUUUCGAUACUCACAGCCGUUCUUCUGGCCCCUGCCUUGCUCGGAACCCAGGAAUCUAUUCGCCAAAGUCAAGCCAAGGAGAAGAGGGAAGAGCAUCGAGCUCGUCGGUGCAAUCUCAUUGCAACCUGUGUAAAAUCUUCUCUGAGAAGUCGCGAGAUAGACGGCAGACCCAUAGUGCUCCGUAACGGAAAGCUUUACAUCGACACUGGCACUAGCAAUGGAGAACCUUUCGGACAUCAUGUCGCAGGCUACUUCCUUCCAUACCCAGACUCCAAGUAUGAAGGACUCGUGACAACCAUCGACAAAACGCCGAUGCUGAACUGGAUCUAUGUGGACAAAGAAACCCACGAAGUCAAGUACGGCGUGCGUGUGGAUGCGCAGCCAAACCUGACAGGCCCAUUCAACUGCACACGACAAGAUCGACGAUUGAAUUUUGACAGCUGGGAAGGAUGGUGUGCGGUUGAGGAAUACCCAAGCAUCUGGGCAUUGUACUUUGAUCAAGAUGAUGAUGGUCUUCGCUCUAAGCUUCCUAUGGGCACCCGGGUGCUGGAAAUAGAACUCAUGAGGAAGGAGAAGAGGUGGCAGAAAGACGUGGAGGAGAGAAACUUAGAUCAAAAAGCGCAGCGAGCUGUCAACAACAAAGGAGAAACGCCCGUUGAGAAGCCAGGAGAUGGACCAAGCGUCCUUUCGAAGACUCCUGGUGUUAAAACGGACGCAAUUAACCGUGUCGAAUUGAAGCCCUCCAGCGCCAAAGAAGACUCUGGAUCACCUAAGAGCCGAGUGGAAUAUCCAAUUGCCACGGAGACAGUGCCAGAGAGUCAGGUCGAGCCGCAGCCUACUGUCGAGCUUCAACAAUCAUCUAAUACAGCACUUGGCCCGCAAUCAGCAAGCACGACAGAUGAAGUUCUCGCUCACUACACCAACGACUUCGAAGGCACCGCGGGUUCUCCAACAGAUCCUCACGGCGGCUCCGACUGGUCCGUUCAUGGCGAUGAUCUCCACUCCAGUCGAUCACUUUCGGGAUAUACUCCUGCUAGCUCUCUCUAUGAUGACGAAACUGUGGAUGAGCCGACGCUCACAGGCCACGAUGCCCUCAAGUCCCCUCAACCACCACUACCUUCUAUUCCCGAGGCAUAUGGCCCAGAGGCUGGAAUGCAUGCGAAGGAUACAAAGUCACAGCUGACUUCACAGAGUGGUCUAGGACGAGGAUACUAUAGAAGCCCUUAUGUAGAAGACGGUGCCGGUGGUGGAAACUGAGCUAUGGUUAAAAUGGUGUCUGCGUUUUGUAUCGCUGGGGGUUCAUUAUCUUGGGAAAGAGAUCGCUGGAAGUUUGGAUUGGAAUGCGACCGAAAUUCACUUCAUGUUGCAAACUUUGGCUUUGGAAGGGUUCAUAAUAAUCUCCGCUAGCAAUUGUAACCUUGAAGGACUGUAUAAAGAUUGUUAUAGCAUGAUGAUAUACCACAUAUACACCAAUCGAAUCCCGGUC